AUGGGUUCGUUUCUCCAUUUGACGACAAUUUUGUUUGUCUUAGCUUCUCUCUGCUAUGCUGCUCCAGAAAAGUCUAGAGUUUUGGUGUUGAUUGACGACCCAAAGAUUGAACAAACACAUUCCAUCUACUUGAAGGCUUUGAAAGAUCGUGGAUAUACACUCAACAUCAAGAAAGCUGACGAUGCAUCUUUGGUGCUUAUCAAGUUCGGAGAGUUUGUGUAUGAUCAUGUUAUUGUAUUGGCUCCUAAAGUUGAAGGUAAGUUGUUUUAGUUUUUUAGAUUUUUGUUUUUAGAUGGAACUUCUUACUGUUCGCUUUCUGAAGCUAACUUUAUAUUUAACUUUUAAUAUCUUCAGAAUUCGGAGGAUCCUUGAGCCCAUCUGAAUUGGCCAAGUUUGUCGAUGGUGGUGGUAACGUACUGGUAGCUGGAGACUCUAAAAUUGGCAGCGCUUUGAAGGACUUUGCUCUUGAAGUUGGAUUUGAGUAUGGAACUGAAGGAACAGCCGUCAUUGAUCACUUCAAUUACGAUGCCCGCAUGGAUGACGGUACUCACACUACCUUGGUGGUACCAAAGACCCAAUUGACUGAUGCUGAACUCAUUUCUGGAAAGAAGUUGAACCCAUUAUUGUACAAAGGAAUUGCUUUGACCUACAACAAGGAGAAUGCUUUGAGAUUGCCUGUUUUGACUGGUACUCUUACCUCUUACAAUUUCAAUCCUAAGCAAAAUAUCAACGAAUUCCCUGAAGCUAUUGGUCAAAAUGCUGUUUUAGUUGGAGCUAUUCAAGCUAGAAACAAUGCUAGAGUUAUCUUGACUGGAUCUUUGGCUUUGUUCAGCGAUGCUUUCAUCAACGCUCAGAUUCAGAAGAAUGGAGCUAGCCAAAAGUGAGUUUUUUAAUUAAAAUAACACUGAACUUAAGGAUUCAAUUGUCAAAAUUUAUAUUAUUUAUCUAUAUUAUUAUGCUUGUGAUAUUUGACUUGUAACGUUUUAAUUUAUUACCUAUUUUAGGGCCGAAAAGAGUGGAAACGGUGAAUUUGUUGAAGCCAUUACUAAAUGGGUAUUGAAGGAGAAGGGAGUGCUCAGAGUCAAGUCUGUCAAACACUCGAAGGUUGGAGAAUCAUCUCCACCAAGAGAAUACACCAUCACUGACGAUGUGGUACGUUUUACCUCAUUUAUCUUUUAUUAUUUUUACUUUUUAUAAUUAUUUUAAUUUUUUUAGAAAUACGAAAUCGAGAUUGAAGAGCUAAAGGAAGGAAAAUGGGUACCAUUCCAAGCUAAAGAUGUUCAGUUGGCUUUCAUUAGAAUUGAUCCAUUUGUUAUUACCACCUUGAACAACAAAAGUAUGUACAGCAUCUUUACUGUUGUAUUUUGGACUUUUUUUAAUGCAUAUAGCUUGUUUAUGGUCUUAACUACUUAGGUAGAAACGUAGAGGUUUUAAAAGUGUUAUUAUGAUAUAUGAAUUUUGUUUCUAAUGAUUUGAAUUUUCAGAUGGCAAGUUCAGCACUGAAUUUAAGAUCCCAGAUGUUUAUGGAGUAUUCAAAUUUGCCGUCGAUUAUCGUAGAGUCGGGUACACACACUUGUUUGACGUUCAACAGGUAAUUUUCACGUUAAUUUUGAGUUUUGGCAUAUUUUUUUAGCAAAUUUUAACAUUUAACCGUUACCAUAGAAGGUUUAAGUUUUUUCUUAUUAAAAUUAGACGUUUAACAUGAUUGUAUAAAGGUUGAGAUAACUAUUUUACAUUUUUAGGUACUCGUACGACCAUUUGAACACACUCAAUACGAGCGUUUCUUGCCAGUAGCCUACCCUUACUACGUGUCAUCCUUCUCCAUGAUGUUGGGCGUUGUUCUCUUCUCGUUUGUGUUCUUGUACCACAAGGAGAAGCCAGUUGAGGCUCCUGUAGACACCAAGAAGGCCAAGUAG